AUGUUGACAAGGAAUUUCUCUCUCGCGGCUAUUCUUUAUGCUUUGAGAGUGCUUGGUGCUCCGGCUUCAACCAAGGAUGCUGGGCUUCUUGUCCAAACAUCUAGCGGAUCAAUCCAAGGCUUCUUCAACUCCUCGGCCCCCGAUGUCCGUCAAUUCCUUGGUGUUCCUUUUGCCGAGCCCCCUGUCGGAGACCUUCGCUUUGCUCGUCCACGAGCGGUGAAAUCUAAGAAAAAUGUCAAGGCAACCAAGCUUCCAAACUCUUGUAUGCAGCAGUUUAGCAACAGCUCUACUAUAUACACCACAUACGAAACGGAGUUCUUGAUCAAUGGUGGCAACUCUGAAGAUUGUCUCUAUCUUUCUAUCUGGGCGCCUCGUACCGACAAUAUCCAGUCGGAGCAGCGCCCAUUGCCGGUCUUGCUCUAUAUUCCAGGCGGUGGGUUUACCUCUGGUGGCCAAAACUCCUUGUACAAAAUUCCGGAUCAAUGGGUGCAGCGAACACAAUCACAUAUUGUGAUUGUGAUGAAUUAUCGGGUCAAUAUUUUUGGCUUCCCCAAUGCGGAAGGGCUGGAAGAUCAAAAUGUCGGAUUCUUGGAUCAAAGACUCGCGGUCGAAUGGGUUCACGCUAAUGUUGCAAACUUCGGCGGUGAUCCAGAGAGAAUUACUCUUUGGGGCCAGUCGGCCGGAGCAGCCAGUGUCACCAUCUACCCAUAUGCCUAUCCCGAAGAUCCUCUUCUGGCAGGUUACAUUGCGGAUUCCGGUGGCCCAGGCAUCAUCACCAAUACUGAUACAACGCAUACUAAUUUCACCUUCAUUGCUGGAUUGGUAGGAUGUGGGGACCUUAGUGCGGACAAGGAGAUUAGCUGUGUCCGAAAUGUCCCCGCACAAACUCUGGAGAAUGCUUUAUCCUACUACAGCGGCAAUGGCACUAAGCCAUCGGUUUCGUUCACUCCAGUCGUGGACAAUAGAACCUGCUUUGCAAAUUACACACAGCGUAUUUUGGAGGGCAAAAUUGCGCAAGCGCCCAUGAUCAUCGGCAGCAACACAAACGAAGGAGCGGGGUUUGUAUCAUUUACCCCCGACGGACCUGGAGCCAGCGCGCUUGCCUCCACGACAAAGAUCAUAUCUUGUCCAGUCGCCGAGGAGGUGAAGAAUCGCAAUCUCGUCAAUUUACCAACUUAUCGCUAUCAAUAUGCCGGAAACUUUUCUAACAUCUCACCCCUGCCUUGGUUCGGAGCCUACCACAGCUCGGAGUUACCGCUGGUUUUCGGUACACAUAACGAAUACCGUGGUCGCUCGACUGAGUUCGAGUGGGAGGUCAGCUAUGCCAUGGAGGCACUGUGGCUCUCCUUUGCUGAAGAUCCUACGCGGGGACCUGCGCGUGUUGCGAUCAGUGAUGCUCCUGCAAAUCCCAAUAAGGAGAGCUACUUCGCCUGGCCGGAAUUCGAGCAGGGAGGCUCGGAUAUGCUGCUCAUUGCCAAAGAUGAUCAGCUGAUGCAACUUAUUUCUUCGGAUAGCAUUGACGAUGCUUGUUGA